AUGCUACAUACACGCCCCGAGGGCCCAGGUCUGCGGCAUCUGCCUCACAGUAGGCCACUGUGCGGACGUCUGCCCACACCAAGCAUCAAGCGCUGCACCACAUGUGGGACUGAAAACCCAUCCAGCACUGAGCCUCACCAGUGCCAGCCCCGGUGCCUGACGUGCAAAGGCGAUCACCCGACCACCGAUCCCAGCUGCCCAAGCCGGGCACGAAAGCCACCCAACAAGAAGCGAGUGCGCUGGGAACUCAAGAAACAAAAACGGCAACAGAACCAUCCUCGGGCCCAAUUGAAAGAGCGACGAAGCCGAUCCCGGUCCCCAUCCCGAUCCCCAUCUCGGUCGCGAUCCCCGAGUCGAGGCCCUGCCGACAGUUACAAGAACAGCGAGCGGGGACAACCAUCAUCUUCCUCAUCACCACCGUCGUCACCACCACCGGCAAAGAAGAAGCCGCCACCACUACCGCAACAGCUACCAUCAGCAGCAUCUGGAGGGCCAGCCGGACCUAAAGGGCCUAGUCGCCAGGGAACCAGUGCCGAGAUCUACACUUGCCCGGAUCUUACAUUCACGAGAGUGCUCCAGGAUGAGUCGUUGAAGCCGUCUCCCUGA